AUGGGGUCUGUUUCCAACCAGCAGUUUGCAGGUGCGAAGCCGGGCGAGGAGCCGGCCGGAGACUCGCCCAAGGCCGAGAACGAGCCCCAGCCGCUGCACGGCUCCGGCAUCUGUAAGUGGUUCAAUGUCCGCAUGGGCUUCGGUUUCCUCUCCAUGACCGCCAAGGGCGGCGCGACGCUGGACUCGCCCGUCGAUGUCUUCGUGCACCAGAGCAAGCUCCACAUGGAGGGUUUCCGCAGCCUGAAGGAAGGCGAAGCUGUCGAGUUCACCUUUAAGAAGUCAUCCAAAGGUUUGGAGUCCAUCCGGGUGACUGGCCCGGGGGGCGUCUUCUGCAUCGGCAGCGAGAGGAGACCCAAGGGCAAGAGCCUCCAGAAACGCAGAUCGAAAGGAGACCGAUGCUACAACUGCGGCGGGCUGGACCACCAUGCCAAAGAGUGCAAGCUCCCGCCGCAGCCCAAGAAAUGCCACUUCUGCCAGAGUGUCAGCCACAUGGUCGCCAACUGCCCCGCGAAAGCACAGCAGUCCCCCAGCUCCCAGGGAAAACCUGCCUACUUCCGAGAGGAGGAGGACAUGCACAGCUCGGCCCUCCUCCCCGAAACCCGGGAAUGA